GGGCUCCUCCCCCGUGGCCGGGGCUGAGGGGCGGGCGCUCGGCAGCCGUAGGGAGAUUUGCGGUCGGACGCUGCGCAGCACGGAGCGGGCAGCACCAUGGUGAAGAUCGCCUUCAGUUCUCUCUUCGCCCACAAGGACGAGCCCAAGAAGGAUGCGGCCGAGGCACUGGUAACUGACAAGGAUCCAGAAAUUGCAACACAUGGAAAUGAAAAUUCAUCUGGAAGAUGUUUAUUGACCCUUUUGGGUCUUGCGUUCAUCUUAGCAGGGGUUGUAGUUGGUGGAGCCUGCAUCUACAAGUACUUCAUGCCUAAGCAUAAGGUGUACCGUGGGGAAAUGUGUUACUUUGAAAAUGAAAAUCAGGAUCGUGCUAUAGAACCGUACUUCCUGCCCAUUGCAGAAGAAGCUGAUAUUCGGGAAGAUGAUAACAUAGCAAUCAUUGAUGUUCCAGUUCCAAAGUUCUCAGAUAGUGACCCAGCAGCUAUUGUCCAUGAUUUUGACAGGCUUCUGACUGCUUAUCUUGACUUACAACUGGGUAACUGCUAUGUGAUCCCUCUGAACACAUCCAUUGUUAUGCCACCAAGGAAUCUGAUGGACCUGUUCGCAAAACUGGCGACUGGUUCUUACUUGCCUCAGACUUAUCUAGUUCGUGAAGAAAUGGUGGUAACAGAAGAGAUAGAUAAUGUGUCUGAUUUGGGCAUCUUCAUUUACCAGCUUUGUGUAGGAAAAGAGACCUUCAGACUGCAGCGCAGAGAUCAGAGAGCAGGUCUCCAGAAGCGCUCAGCUGAGAACUGUCGUACAAUCAGACACUUUGAAAAUUCUUUUGUCAUUGAAACAAAGAUCUGUCAACAGUGAAAGACACUGGAUGGAAAGUGACUAUUUCACAUCUUCAUUAAGAAGUCUGAGCUUUACAGUUUGACUUCUAAAUUAAAAUGUGCAGUGAUAAUCAAAAGCCUUAUUAUGCAUCUCCUGUGUAUUGCUUCUAUUACAAAACCACCAUUUCAGCUUUCUUUGAUCCUUGGUAUAACAGUAUUUUUAGUUGUCUUACGUAAAACUGAAAUUUGAGAUGUUUAGAAGAAAUGUUUUAUCAACUUAUCCGUUGACUGCGUCUGACUUAGAAUUUUUCUGGGAAAGGCAGAAAAAAAAAUACAUAUAUAAUGUUAAUUGAUUCCUUGGUUGGAAUUACUCCUGGGGGAAUUCUGCACCACUGUGCAUGUACAGAAUUUAUGUCCCCUGCAGAGUUCUUUGUUUCCCACAGAAAAAUGACUUUGACGGGGAUGCAAAGGGAAGCCACAAAAAUGGUCAUGCAACCCUCCCGAGCAGUACGUUUUGGCUGCCCAGGGCAGCCGGCUGUGAGGCAGGACUGGGGAAGACCCGGCUGAUGGCUCCUACCAUCAUGCCAGGCUCAGCUGCUAGUCCCGGCUGGGCUGGGGAGGACGGGACUUCCUCUUCCCCUGCACUGCAUCCAGGGCUGUGUCAGACCCACCCCCAGAUUUCUCCCCUGGCUGUAGGAAGCUCUACAAAUUCCCAUCCACCCAAUCCCUGUGCAUCCAGAACCCCUCACACCCAGACCCUCCCACCAAGCCUCACCCCUCUACCCCCCCAGACAAGCCCCAUUCCCCCUGCACCUCCUCAAUGAGCCGGAUCCCCACCCUACCAAGCCCCAGUCAGCUGCACCUGGCUUGCAACCCCACUGAGCCCCACUCCCCCGGCAUCUGGACCCCCCACAUACACCCAGACCCUCUGCUGAGCUCUAUCCCGCCCCGCCCACACUCGGACCUCCUCUGCUGAGCCCCAACCAUCUUCACUACCGGCACCAGAUUGCCCCACACAGAACCCUCUCAACCCACACGUGGAUUCCCUCCACACUUGGAUCCUGCCUUUCUGAGCCUGCCUUCCCACACCUGGUGCAUGGAGGGGCAGGGCUCUGGGGUAUUUCUUGGGCAGGCCCGAUCCUUGUACUGUGUCAGGGUUGUGUGCAACCUCACCACUGAGUCUGUGUCCCGGGAAAGGGGAGCUGCACAGUGAUCUCCCACCUCUGUGCAGCCAGUGGCCUGUGCUCCCCAGUGCCAUGCUGGAGCCUCCACAUUCAUUUGAUAAAGUGUGCACAGAAUUUUUAAUUUUUUGGCGCUUAAUUUUUGGCCCAGAAUGCCCUCAGGAAUAGCCAGAAUCACCUUAUACACCUUUUGAUUUUUCACAGAAUGAUUAAAUUAAUACAUUAAUAAUCUGUGGUUUGCACAUUUAGUGUAGUUCUAUAGAAUUGCUCUGCACUCCAUUUUCUGGUUUUAAAAAAACAAACAACCUACACCUUUCAACAUUUAUCGUUAAAGGUUUUGUUUUAACUUCCACGUGUGAAGCAUGUAAAAUCUAACCUCCGUGAUUAUAAACCUCUAACAUUGCUUUUUUCAUUUUGUGCAAUUACUGUAUUGAACUCGUAUGUAUAUUUGGAAUCUUCCCUAAGUUUACAUUUAAAUUCUUUAUACUUUUGUUUGAUUUUUGUGGUAUUUAGUUGUCAUAGAUUUAGUUGCUGUUAAUCUCUAAAGUUUGUGUCAGUAUUUUGGUUAUAAAUUGGUUUAUCUUGUAACUGCCUGUUUCAUUAAACCUCUCUUGGUAUGGCCCACUUGUGGAUGUGACUGUAGCUGUAAAUUUAACUACUUUGGCCUGUACAACGAACUUUUUAGAUCAGAACUUUUUAUGAGCAAGUAGCAUUAUUACUGCGGUCAGAGUAUUGUUCCCUGUUGAGAACUACAGUAUAAAGAUGGUAAAGAGUUGCUAGAGUGCUGCAGAUUCAAAACUUGAGUCUGUUUUAAUAAGGAACUUUAUAUUGGCAUUAUUCCUGCAACCUUAUAAUAAAUGUUUCUCUAGAA